AUGAAAGUCAUAACUCACUGCCAAACUACCUCUCCAUCUCUGAAUCUGCCUCGUAAUAACAGCCAUCGUGGUGUGUCCAAACCUCUUCCGCUCGGUGCAUCUCUGCAGCCAGUGGCUCCUUCUAUUACACUAAUAAGGCUAAUCACCCCGCGGGCUGACGAACGUGUCAGUGUGCGGAGAUCAAUGGGGAACAUCAAAGAGACGGCGCCGUGCACAAACCGGGCGCGCUCCGAUAAAGCCGAGGCGCAGCAGCUCUACAUUUUUCAUGAGAUUAUCCAGCACUGUUCUCCUCUGCUUCUGCCUGUGGACGGAGAGCCGGCUGAGGCUAAUGAGCCGCGAUGUGAAGAUCCAGCUGCAGAUGUCAUGUGA